UAUAAAGGAGAGAUGGAAAUGUUUAAAAUCUUAUCUAUCGAAAAGAAAGGAAAAAAUGUCACAGGCAUUGAGCACGCUGUCGCUCACUCAUGGCUUCCGACUCACAGGCCGCAUGCAGACACAAAUGGUUAUGCCUUUCCUUGAUGCUUCUCCAGGCAUAGAUUUAUUGAAAAGAGGUGAUUCAUCAUGCUCAUUGCAUGCUACAUACAUGCUUUCAAAGAAUCCAUUGUUAGUCUGUACUAGGCCACUUCAUGCUGUUGAUAAGCAGUGUUCUUUUCUGGCUUUUGCAUUGCAAAGUGACAAAAGGCAAACUGAAAAUCAUAGAGUGCGGGCAAAGGCGCAAGAAGAUGACGACAUGGAGGAUGAUUGGGAAGAUCUACAGACAGAGUUUCUGAGAAUCUUUCCAGAUGUCUCCAAUGGGAGACCAAAGGCACAAGAGAAAAUGUAUCACAAACAUAUCAAAACUGAUGCAACUAGUGCAAGUGAAGUAGCCUCUUUUUCCUUGAAAUCAGAUUCAAAGCCUAAAGAAGAUAUUCGUGAUAAAAAUAAAAGGAAAUUGGCACUUGAUAAAGUUCUGAAAAUAUUACGAAAGUACGGAUCCAAAAGUUCUGCAGCUCCUAGUAGAGAUGUAUUCUCGACAGUACAAUCUUCAAAUAAUAAGCCACCUAAUAAAACAUCUUAUGCACAAUCUUCAAAUGGUAAGCCACCUUAUAAGACAUCUCAUGCACAAUCUUUAAAUGAUAAUUCACCUUACAGGACAUCUUAUGCACAAUAUGUGGCAACAAAUAGAGAUUCAAAGCCCAAAGAUCCCACUCACGCAAAAGAUAAGAGUGCAGUUGAUUCUGUAUUGGAAGUCCUGCAGAAGUCUCCACCACGAGAACACAUAGAGAAGACUAGUUCUCCCAUUACUGCACCAGUAGUCAGGCAGCAGGAACAGAUAGCCUCUGUAAGUUUCCAGCCAGAAAACAGUGGAUUUGCAGAUGAUUCUCUUAAUGUAGGACAUGAUGAUGAGAAGCAAAUCAAAUCAGUUGUGCAACAUGCUGCUUCAGAUGUGCCCGAAACUUCAAGUAUUAGCGCUGUGAAGGUGGGAGAGAGCAAAUCUCUUAUGAAUGACAAUGCAUUACAACUUGACUCAUCACUUGUUCAACAGGUGGAUCUAAGGACUCUGAAAUUAUCGGACUUGAAGAUAAUUGCUAAAUCUCAUGGGUUGAAAGGAUUUUCAAGAUUAAAAAAGGAUGAGCUUUUGGAACUAUUAAAGAAUUUACAAAUUAAAAAAGUUACAAAUUGAUGAUAUCUCUAUGUACAAAUAAGUCAGCAGUGUGGGAGAGGAAGCCUUUUAUAAAUAGUAUUGCAGUGCAACUUUCCUAUUUGCUGAUUAAAUGAAUGCGAUCCAAGUACACUCAGAUCGUUGGAUGUGAAAAUUAUUGUGAAGUCUUGUGGGUUGAAGAAGUUUUAUGAAGGGAAAAGGCUGAACUUUUGGAAUUACUAUAGACAGGCACAAAUUGAUUUAUUGCCAUGUACAAAUAAGUCAACAACUUUGGUUACAUGCAUUACAACAUAUGACUGAGCUCCAGAUCUGAUUAUCUUGAGGAUUUUCCCCUCUAUGAUAAAAUUGCAGUUGUUUCAAAAUGUUCUUCAAAUUUGUA